AUGGCUAGCCGCCAGUCUGUUAGCUCUAUACUGAAGCCACCAAAAGUGAGGGCACCUCUAAAAGAAAUUGAAUCGGUUGAUCAAGAUGCUGAUGAAAAUACUGCAACAUUGGCCAAAAGAAAAGUAAGUUUUUCAGGAAUGAAUAAAAUAAAAAUGUACAACACAGGUGCUACAUCUUUAACUGUACAUCAAGCUCCUAUGUUUGAUGAGCAAAUUUCAAUGUUAUCUGAUUCUUCAAAUGCAGAAAAACCUAAAUUAUCAGGAAAGUUUGAGAAAUCUGAUGCUCAAAUUAGCAUUGAAUCAACUAAUUGUACCAAUUUAGAAGAUAAUGGCCGUAUUAUUAUUGAGUAUGAAAGUCCAAAUGAUAAUAUGGAAAUGACCGAAGCACUAUCAGGUAAAAUAUUGUCAGAUACCAUUUAUACUAUUGAUAAUAAUGGUUCUGAGCAUAUUAGUUACAGUUCAGAUUAUUCAGAGAAUAGUAUGGAAUUCACAGAAGCACUAAAAGGAGGCCAAAUUUUAUCAGGGGAUAAUGGCUGUACUUCCUUAAGCUCUACUGAAAUGUCUGAAACAUUGGAUGAUGAAAGUGAUGAUGAAUCAGUUAGUCAAUUAGGUUUUAAACCUUCAACACCAUUAUCUGAUGUGCUUAUUAAAAAUCCUUCAAAUAUAAGUUCAAGUUCUAGUUGCAUGGAAUUCACCUGUGCUAAUGCUAAAUCUAACCUAUUCUAUAAUACUCAAUCAAGUAAUAUGGAAUUGACUGGACAAAAUAUGACACUUAAAUCUUCAAAAUCUAUUUGGUCAAAUGAUGAUUAUAAAUGUAUGAGUAUGGAGUUAACACAAUUACCUGACAGGCAAACAUUUGAAGAUAAUUGUGAAUUGGUUUAUGAAUAUAGUCAACAUUCUGUAAGUAUGGGAUCAGAUAUAUCCUGUGAAAUUCAAGAAAAACAAAAUCGUGAAUUAGAAAUUGGACAAGCUGAAAAAUUGGACAAAAAUAAUCAAAAUCAUCAAACAAUUGGAUGUGUGUUAAACAAUUCUGAUAAUAGAGAAGCUUUUAUUGAAGAAUUAUCAUCAAGUAUGGUUUCAAUGGAUAUUGAUCCAACAUUAGAAGGUAAUGAAUUUGAUAUUAGUUAUGUAAAUGUUGAAAACCCACUAUUAUUUGUGAACGAACAAAAUCAUUCAACAAUACCAACGACAGGAAUAGAAGAUAAUAGUAUUCUUGAAAAAAGUGUGCUGGAUAAUUACUCAAAUGUUAUUGAUAUUACUAAUCAAAAUAGUGAAUCUAGACUAUCUAUAUUCCCUACAAGUUCAUCAUUUGUUGUAAAUAUGUCUCCAGAAAAUAAUCUAAACAAAUAUGUUGAAGUUGAAGAACUCCUACAACAAACACUACAAGGUCAUACAUCUGUGUUAGAUGAAAAUCAAUAUCUUGAAAAUAAUAAAUCAAUAGUUAUUGAGAAACAUCCACCAAAAAAAUAUUCAAGAAAAACAAUGAUUCACACAUGUCCAUUAAUUGUUCAAGACAAAGCCUAUGAAAAUGAAGAUAUACCUGGAACAGUCAAUAGUAAUCAACAAAAAUCAACUGCCAUGUCUACUUUUAAUCAAACUCAGUCUCUUGAAACUGAAAACUUAUCAGAUACAUCUGGAAUAAUCCAAGAAAAUCAUCAAAAUAAAUAUUCUAGAAAAUCUGUAGCUCCUACAUCUGUUUUUAAUGAGGAUGUAUUGGAUACAUCUGAAACACUUGAAGAAAACCAGCAGCAAAAGUGUUCUUUACAAUCAAUUGCCAUGUCUGCUUUUAAUCAAACUCAUUCUCUUGAAACUGAAAACUUAUCAGAUACAUCUGGAAUAAUCCAAGAAAAUCAUCAAAAUAAAUAUUCUAGAAAAUCUGUAGCUCCUACAUCUGUUUUUAAUGAGGAUGUAUUGGAUACAUCUGAAACACUUGAAGAAAACCAUCGGCAAAAGGGUACUCUACAAUCAAUGGCCAUGUCUGCUUUUAAUCAAACUCAUUCUCUCGAAACUGAAAACUUAUCAGAUACAUCUGGAAUAAUCCAAGAAAAUCAUCAAAAUAAAUAUUCUAGAAAAUCUGUAGCUCCUACAUCUGUUUUUAAUGAGGAUGUAUUGGAUACAUCUGAAACACUUGAAGAAAACCAGCAGUGUUCUUUACAAUCAACUGCCAUGUCUACUUUUAAUCAAACUCAGUCUCUUGAAACUGAAAACUUAUCAGAUACAUCUGGAAUAGUCAAAGAAAAUCAUCAAAAUAAAUAUUCUAGAAAAUCUGUAGCUCCUACAUCUGUUUUUAAUGAGGAUGUAUUGGAUACAUCUAAAACACUUGAAGAAAACCAGCAGCAAAAGUGUUCUUUACAAUCAAUUGCCAUGUCUGCUUUUAAUCAAACUCAUUCUCUUGAAACUGAAAACUUAUCAGAUACAUCUGGAAUAAUCCAAGAAAAUCAUAAAAAUAAAUAUUCUAGAAAAUCUGUAGCUCCUACAUCUGUUUUUAAUGAGGAUGUAUUGGAUACAUCUGAAACACUUGAAGAAAACCAUCAGCAAAAGUGUUCUUUACAAUCAAUUGGCAUGUCUGCUCUUAAUCAAAAUCAGUCUCUCGAAACUGAGGAUGUACCAAAUACAUCUGUAUAUAAUCUAACUAAAUUAGCGGAAAAAUGUGACACAUCUGAGUGUAGUUCAACUCAGUCUACUGAUAAAGAAGAAAUAUCUUUAUAUAAUUCAACUCAGUCUGCCGAAAAAGGUGAAAAAUCUAUAUAUAAUUCAACUCAGUCAGAUACAUCUGUCAAUGUUGAAGAAGUUGAGCUAAAAAGAUAUUCUAGAAAAUCAAUUGGUCCAGCUUCUUUAGUAUUUACUCAUAGUGAAUCUCUAGAUAAUAGUAUCUCGAAUAAUUCAUUUGACAUUGAAGAAAGUUAUGAACCAAAAUCUGAAAAGGGAACGAGUCCUGUGAUUUCAGUAUCUGUUAAUAAUCUGUCUAUACUACAAUCAGAUGUAUCUAACCAAUAUGAAGAAAAUUUAAUUCCAAAAAGCAAACACCAAUCUGUAUUGCUUAAUAUAGUUAGUGAUGAUAACUUAAAUUCACCUUUCAGGAAAAAACCAAAAAAAUCUAUAGUUCCGACACAAUUAGCAAGACCACCUGUUGAAGAUCCAUGUAUAAAAAAUGAAUUGGAAACUAUUGAUGAUAAUAUUUCAGAGAAUUUUGAAAAUGUUAGUAAAAUGGAUAUAUCAAUGGAUAUAUCGAUUGAACAUGAAUAUAAAAGUGAUAAUGAACUUUUAGUUGUUUCAAAAGAAGGUGAAGAACUUAAUAAACUUAUUGUACAUGGCAAUAUGUUAGAAACAAAUGAAGAAAAUUUUGUUAUGACGCCUAAUGAAUUAGAAAUAAACAAAACAAAUUUAAAUGAAUUAUUCAAAGAGCAUGACAUUUUUGAAGAAAAUGAAAAAAAAAAUGAAGAAAACAGUAAAAACGACUCUAUUAAAGUAACUGACAAUAAUAUAGUGAACAAUCAUACUUUAAACUCAGAUUAUCAUUCAUCUAGUUGUAGUGUAGAUAAAACUACAAAAUCGGAUGAAACGUUUCAAAACAAUGAAAAAUCAUGUCUGGUAAAUCGAAAAAGAAGUUACAGCAAUAGAGAUUGUGUACCUUUAUCUUGUUCUUCAUUUACGUCUAAACCUAAUAUUCACAAUAAUAUGGAAGAAGAUUUAAACACGGAAGAUAUUAUACAACAAAGUCCUAUUAAAAAUGAUAUUAAUAACAUGAGCUUAGAUAAUGAACAAUUGGCAAUAGGUAAUGAACUUGAAGUAGAAUUGAUUAAAAAAGAAUCCAUUAAAGAAAGUUUGUGUAAUGAAUGUUUAGAAUUUUUGACAAGAUGGAAUGAGCAAUUUACUGAAAAAAAAUUAGCUCUUGAUAAGUGCACAAACAGAGAAUGGAUUUUUAAUUUAUUAGAUAGUAAUAUAAUUUUAACAGUAACAUAUUCGUAUAUUUCUAAUAACUAUUCAUUGCUUAAAGUGGAGGAUAUAUCAUUCACCACAAAGACCAUUCCCAAAAAUGAAAUAAUAAAAUUUGGAAUAAAUUGGAUCUUAUCAAAAUACAACCCAAAGGUGUACAGGCAAAUAUGUUUUACUUCAAGAGAUGUAGAACUAUUAUUAAAAUCUUUAUUAGAAGAUGUUGACUUUAUUAAUAAAGUAAUGAAAAAUAUGUCUUAUGUGAGCGAUUUAUAUUGUGUUACAUUUAAAGAUAAUAAGGCUCAAUUUGUAAUACAUAACAUGAAAUGCCUAUUGAUGGUUCGUAUUGAGAUAACAUUAUCUAAUGUUCAUAAGCUUUCUUUUAAAGAUCUUUCAGUUGAUUGUUUAUUUGGUAACUUCGAUACAAAAUUAUUGGAAGAAAUUAUGGAAGAUAUAAUAAAGGAUUGUAAUGUUUUGCAAACUUUAAUAGAAAAAUUAUUUAAACUCUACUCGCACAAAAUAAAUUGA